AAAACAGAAAAAUAAUAACCUCAGUCGCAGUCAGUCAAGCACUUACUCAAAAGCGCAUAGGAUAGUCCUACAGCUAGCUGUUUUUUCCCCGCUUGCAAGCUCUGACUGUCUGUUUCUACUCCCUCUCUCUGAGAGUUCGUUAAUGGCGGAUUUGGCAUUUUAGUAGCUUCUGUUGAAGUUUACAUUUCGCAUUCUGUUCCUUUUUCUUUGUGAACAGAAUCGUUCUUCGAUUCGAAGAAAGAAGAAAUUUGAAGAUGCUGGACGGUCUUCUAGGUCGAGGUUUUGCCUCCAAAUGUAAAUCGUCGAUUAAAAUGACGAAGAGUCGGAUCGAGAUUAUACGGAGAAAGAGAAACGCCACUUUGAAGUUUUUGAAGAAAGAUAUGGCUGAUCUACUUGCUAAUGGCCUUGACAUUAAUGCUUAUGGAAGGGCCGAAGGGCUCCUGGCUGAAUUGACCCUAUCAUCUUGCUAUGAUUUUGUUGAGAAAUCUUGUGAUUUUGUAUUGAAGCAUCUUUCAGUCAUGCAAAGGAUGAGGCACUGCCCUGAGGACUGUAGGGAGGCUGUGUCAUCUCUAAUGUUUGCAGCUGCAAGAUUUUCUGAUUUGCCAGAGUUACGUGAGCUUAGGGAUAUAUUUUAUGAGAGAUACGGGAACUCUGUGGAACUGUUUGCAAACCAGGAGUUUGUUGAGAAUCUAUCUUCAAAGCCAUCUGCAACAGAGAAGAAAGUGCAGUUAAUGCAUGAUAUAGCAUCAGAAUUCUGCAUAAAGUGGGACUCUAGGUCCUGUGAACAGAGGCUGUCUAAACCUUCUUUAUCUGCACAGGACCAACCUAAAAUUUAUGGGUCUCCACACGUCCAUGAUGAUAAAUACAAGUUAAUUAAUGGCAAGGACACUGUCCCAAAAGGUAAGCAGGAUUUUUUGCUCAAAGAAAGGCUUAAGCAUGACAAUGACAAGCACAGAUUGCUUAAUGAAAAGGAGAGCAAUGUUUCAAAAAGAAAUGAGCUUAAUCCUCAGUUCAGGCAUCAAAUCCCCAGCAAUGGUUCCAAGCAGACUAAUGUCAGAGAAGAACCUAUGCUGAAAAGGGACACCCAUGGUAGUUUGUUCCAAGGAAGGCAAGAAGUUGCUUUGGAGAAGUGUGAACCCUGGAAGGAGGAUACUCUUGUGAAAACAGUUAGAUUAGGCAGUUCAUCUCAGAGGAAAAGAAUAGAAAGUUUGGAUGGUGGAUCCAAGCUGCAUGAUGGUUGGGAGAAUACUGUGCCUCAAAGAGAUGACCAGGACAAUUCAUCUCAUGGAAAGCCAGAUGUUCUACCUAGUUAUGCAGGAUCAUCGUCAAAGGGUGAUUUUAGAGAUUCAGUGGCUGGUAAUCAUCACACUGUCCAAUACAAUGCUGCAAAAUCAGCAAGGGAUGUUCAGGAGGGAGCACAUAAGUUGAAUCCAUAUUAUAAUAAUGCCAUCCCUCCUCCUUACAUUAAACAUAAUGCUAAACUAAAGGAUGGCAAAUGUGAAAGCAGUAUAGGAUCUUCCAUUUCUUGCUCUAAUGGUACUGCAUUCCCCAAUGAUUCUUCAAGGGACAACAGAUCCUAUGCUUGCUCUAAUGGUACUGCAUUCCCCAAAGAUUCUUCAAGGGACAACAGAUCCUAUGCUGGUAUUAGGUCUCAGAAAAUCCUACAAGAAGCAAGUCAUCCUGACCAUGAGAGGCGAAGUGUUGGACAUACAAGAGAAAGUGAUAACGGGCAUGACAAUGAUAAUGAGCUCCAGGAUGAAGGUAUUAGUAGUAACCCUAUUCCAAAACCGAGAUCCUCAAGGAGGAGGCACUCAAAAUCUCACACUAGCCAUGAUGAUGUUGGCAAUUUGGAAGACGUAGGUGUUGUCAAGAAGAGAUCAAAAAGCAGAAGGGAUGACUCUAGACGGGGCCUGCAAAUCUUGUUUGAUGAUGAGCACUAUCGGAAUGAUAAAGAGGAAAGAAUGAUAGAUAAACUGUUGAUUCAUUACAGUAAGAAGCCAUCAGCCUAUGAACCUGGAAAGGUCAGAAGGAAGUCCAAGAGUCGUCACGCAAAUCACCAAGACAAUGAAGAGGAUAAAUCUCCACAGCAUGGUAGCAAAGACAGGCCUGAUGAAACCUCAGAGAUGUUUCCACCACCCCGAUCAAUUUCCUUCCCUCAUGAACAAACAACUCCUUCAGAAGCAACAAAAGUGUUUAAUCGCGCUGCUUCCUUCCAGCCAGACAGGUCAAGCCCAGCUAAGCAUGUGCAUCCCAGAUUACCUGAUUACGAUGACUUGGCUGCUCAGUUUGCAGCUUUGAAGGGAAGGUAACCAUUUAGCAGUCAGAAUCAGCACCUUAAACAUGGGCAUGAGCGCAUUCAUAAUAUCUUUUUACAUUAUCCCUAAUGGAGUCUGGUACGGUUUUUGUCGGAUGAAAGACAGUUUAUGCUCUGGCCGUCAAUGGAAAGUAGUUGCAGCAUAAAGGCUUGCACCAUUGCAAUUCCACAAUGAUCAAAGCAUAGUAGAAGUGUAGGCUUGUUGUUGGCGUACACCCGUAAGCAAUCAAUGGAGCAUAGCACUUAUAGUUUGUACUUUUAAUAUCAAUUCAAGUUCCAAACCUCAGGCUGUAAAAUUUGUAAUGUGCACGUUACUUGAAAUAACAAAGUUCCUAUGUGUAGAUUGAUUAUUAUGAUAGACGUUGAGACAAGUUUGCUCAUACCA